AGACCUUACUCUGCUUGACGGAGGGGCAAUAUGGAGCCAGUUAAGGCUGUGGUGGUAGCUUAUAUUCUCUUGUUGUGAAAAUCGGGUAAGUAACUCCUAGCCUUACUCUGGGCAAGGAAAAGUUUUACAGAAUGUUGUGUUUAAUAAAGCAGCUUUUGCUAGAAGAGUAAAUCACAGCUUAUACUGAGACUAAAGCAAAAUCCAUUCUGCAGCCCAAGAGAUUUCUCUGCCAGUGCAACUCCACAGAUCACCUCUGAACCAAAUGUGUUGUAAAAGCUGACCUCAAUGCAUUCAGUGUGGUCCAGAUUGGACCUGCCGGCAUGGGGCAGGAGGACUUGAGGGGGGAAGGGAAUGUGGCUGUCCCCCAUUCCAACACUGGCACUACCCUGGGGUGAGCCCCUAGAGCACACUGAAUGUCUCUCUGUCCCUGCUACGGAUCUCAUAUUCAAAGGGCAGGACUGGAAGUCAGGUGGACCAAAGUUUUGUUCCCGGCUCUGCAAAGACUCACUGUGAAACUUUUGGAAGCCUCAUGUCUCUGUGCCUCAUGGGUCUGUUUCUCCAGCAGACGGAAGGAGGUAAGAGUUGCAUCUCUUUUGGGGUUCACAGUUUUGGCAAAGUCAAUGACAGUUCUCCAGAGGAAGAAGAGCCAGGUGCUGGGGAACCAGCUCUCUGAUGAGCAUUUGCUUGGGGAGCUGUGUUGGGUCUACAAGAGCUGAGGACAAAUGCCAUUCCCUGAAGGCAAUGGUAUUUCAGCAUAUUUGGGAGGAAUUAGUAAGCUCUGAGACAGACUUCAUGUGACUUGGGAAAAACAAAACACUGCUGCUUCCAACAGAAAUGUUUAGCUGUAUCUUUGUAGUAACUGCAAGCUGAUGUAGCAUCUCAGUAGUGAGCAAAAUAUAUUAGCUAAAUAAACGCACAUCCUUUGUUUUUCAUAUCAAGAAUUAACACCCACCUUGCUUUCCCUGGCCUUGCUGGCUUCUAGGCACAAGCUAAUUCUACCUCAUUUUCAGUGAGCAACAUGCAUUUUUUUUAAGCACUGUAUAACAAUAAUCAGGUCACCCUAAUCUAAACUUCACUGGCGCCAGUACACUUUACCCUUCAGAGAAAGAUUUCCUUUAGUUUUUGUGAUUUCCUCUCUGGCUUGCUCAGUGUGCUGCCAAACUGCAAAUCCUGCCUCUUCAAGUAAAGAAAUAAAACUGCAGAUACAGGCCAAGAAAUCUGCAGCCUCUGCUCUUCCUCCUCACAAGUGACAGAUACGCAGGUCUGUUGGCCAUCAGAGAAGGUGAGAAGAACAUAUAUUUACAGUAGUUUCUUACUUCAUGGAAGAGGCUGGAACAUGAUUAGCUGUUAGUGGAAGGCUGUCUUGUGCUAUGUGUUGUCAAGCUGGAUGUUCAAAGGGGCAGUUAUUAUAUCAAAAUAUUGCUGGAGUCAUAAAAACAAGAUAAAAUAUGGGAAGUGAAGGAGGUGAAGUGACUACCCAGAGUCUUAUGGUCUGUCUAUACUAGUGGAUGCUGUAGAAAUACAAAGGUUAAGAUUUAGAUGCUAGCUUUUCUGUCCUGGGCAGGGUGAUCUGUGUAGGCAUUUGAAGAGAGAGCAGGACUGGCUGAAGGGAUAAAAUACUCUGGGACUUUGUUACAAUCCACAAACAAAAACAGCGAGUCCAAAGUGCGUCCUGGAAUGUUGUAAGUGGGAAACGAGCUGGUUCAAUGGAGGCUUUGACUUGCACUUUACAGCUUCAUCAGUCUAUAGAAACUUGUUGUGUGGCUUAUCCUAAAGAAAAAAUACAGCAAAAUAUUGACUUCACACUUUAGUUUUAAUGCUUUCGUAAACUUGUAAGAGUUUGUAAUGCAGUAUAGAAAGAUACUUAAAGAUGCACUCAAUAUAAGGACAAUUAAACUUAAACAUGUGCUUAGAACAAGCUAAUGCCUUUGCACAGCCCUGAAUUGAAGCCCUAUGGGUGUGGAAUUAGCAUGCUUCGAUUUAAUGAAGUUGUGUUAGGAACUUUCCCUUCUAGACAACUUAUUUGAAAUUUGGUAAGGAUAAAACCUCUAAAAUGCCAUUGAUGGUGUCAUUAAAUGGGGUUCUCUUGAGGCUGUUUCAGCCUAUCAACUGUAAUAGGAAGUGGGGGGUGAGGUUUUUUUGCUCUUUUUUCUUUAAAGAGCCAAUGGAGUUUAAUGAGAUUUUAAACUGACCUACGCAACUAGGAAUUAGCAGCCACGUUCCACAGUGGGGUGGCAGCUCUUUUCUCUGGACUCCACAGUGCUUUUCCCUUUGCUUUGUGAAAGGCACAGCACGUACGCUGGUAACCACUAAAAUACAUAUUGUCUUGGAGGCUGCAAAGCUCUUCCAUCGGGGAGAGGUUUUUUCUCGCCCCCCCCCCCCCCCCCCCAGUCAUAUGUGUUUUGCAGUUGUUCUGCAGACCUUCUGCUGGCCACUUAUGCCACUGAAAGGGGGCAUUAGAGCACCUUCUCUGACUUACAAGUUUUCCUUUUGCAGACAUCUCGGAGAUAGCAGCACGCCCUCCCUAUCAGUAGUCACCAAAUGAAAAGUUCACAUUGUUUGGGUCUGUGAAAGGACUUUUCUCCAAACUCGCAAUGUGUUGUUUUAUCUUAACAGAGCAGAGGUGGGACAUAUUUGCAGCUGGGCAUGGAUUUAGUAGGCAAUAGCCAGCCAUGUCAGAAGGACCAGUUCUGCAAGGUGCUGAACCCAUCCUGCUGUUCCCUUAGUUCCCUAUUACCUCUUGGUCUAACUCCAGCCUGCUUUUCCAUUGCUUUCCAAGGCUUCAAAAGUAGCUGCUUAUAUUUUUAUUAAGAUAUUUUUCACUAAUGCGUGGCUGGAAGCCAUUUGUUCUUAUUAGCCACUUCAGUGAUAAAAGCAAGGCUUGGUUCUCUCCCUUGUGGGGACACUGCGUGUACCCAUAGACUUUUUCAUGGCCAUGCUUUCUGCUUUCAAAGGUGAGUAACUCUUGCCUUUACUGUUUCAGUGCUUGCAAUGGUAACACUUUUAUUUGGGAUACUUCCUCCACCCUGGCUUGAACUGAAAUGAGGGGAAACAGUGAAAGAAGAGCUGUAGCUAGGAAAAGAGAUAACUUUUUUAAAGAGAAAACAUUGAAUUUUAUUUUGGCUUUGUGAGUGUCUAUGUGACAGCACCAGGAGGGCUCUAUUAUCUUUGUGGAGCUGAGCUUUUAAGAAGUUACAUACUGUAUUCUUGUGGGGGGGGGAGGUGAGAGGUCCUUUAAACCAUGGUUUGCUUGAGGGUUUUUUUGAUGGUACUUAGAAGUACUUCGUAGCACAGUCAUAAAGUAGCUAUAAAUUCCACUUCCAGUGUCUUUGCCUGUCCUUUACUGAACCAGCUGACAGCCUGCAUAGAAUGCUUAGGUGAACAAGGCUUUGCAGGAACCGUAUAUAAUUCUUUAUUACCCGAAUCACUGGGAAGAUAAGCAAUAAAGCCUAAAUCUCCAAUUCUCAGGGGAAUCCCCAGGCAGGACAAAAGUUUGCCCAAAUGAGUAUCUCCUCUUCCUGCUAAAUCCUUGUUUGCUUUCUAGUGAGUGUUUUAAGCUUAAAAGGCUAUUGCAGAAUAACCCAGUACCUCAGUUCUAGUGUUUUUGUCCAGUGUUUGUCAUUUUGUUCUCACUGUUGCUAAUCUGGAAAGGUUUGUUGCAGGCAAAGCUGCAAGUUUUAUAGCUCCAUUUCUUCCCCUCUGUGCUUCCAAUUAGCUGCACUGUUGAACCAGGACAGAUCCUCCGCCAAACAUCAAGAGGACUCCCAUCUGGAGUCCUCUGGGAUGUCCUUCAGCUUCCAGUGGGACAGCCCUUUAAGUGCUCCCUCUGUCCUUGCUUCACUGUCUUGGCUGAAAGUAUAGGAUUCCUGAGCUCUCUUCCUGGCUUUUAUUCAGAGGUAUAAUAAUAAAUAUUUAAUUAAAAAAGGUUUGAAAAUCUCUUACUUCAGUAUUUGAUCUAAUAUUAUGCUAUUAUGAGUAAGGAAGAGGUUUUCUCAAGAGACAGAUGAGAGUGGUCAUGUGAUUGUGUCCUUAUAUAUCUCUUACCUCUCAGUGUAUUAAAGCCCUUAUUGAGGUGCAAAGUUCUUACUCCAGGGAGCAUUUCCAGGAGCUGGAUACCCCUCCUGACAAAUGUGCCUCACACUGCCUUCAUGUUGUUUUGCUUCCCAUUUUGGAGAAAACUGGUGAUUUUUGAUGUUCCAAGAGCCACGUGCAUCUCCUGAGGGGGAAAAAAGCCAUCAGAGGGCAAGAUGAGCAACAAAAGGUCAAAUAGUUUCCGCCAAGCCAUCCUUCAGGGGAACAGGAGGCUGUGCAGCAAGGCACUGCUGGAGGAAACGGGGCUGAGCCUUUCACAGAGGCUGAUCCGGCAUGUUGCAUAUGAAACCCUGCCACGAGAGAUAGACCGCAAGUGGUACUAUGACAGCUAUACCUGCUGCCCUCCACCCUGGUUCAUGAUUACCAUCACUAUUGUAGAGGUUGCCUUUUUUCUUUACAACGGAGUGGUAUUAGACAGAUUUGUGCUGCAAGUCAGCCAUCCCUUAUACCUGAAGAACGCAUUACUUUACCAUCCUCAGCUCCGUGCUCAGGCUUGGAGGUACCUAACCUACAUAUUCAUGCAUGCAGGGAUAGAACACCUUGGACUCAAUGUUGUCCUUCAGCUCUUGGUUGGGAUUCCCCUGGAAAUGGUGCAUGGAGCUGCGAGGAUCAGUUUUGUGUACGUUGCUGGAGUUGUGGCAGGGUCCCUGGCAGUGUCAGUAGCUGAUAUGACUGCGCCUGUGGUGGGCUCCUCUGGAGGCGUGUAUGCUCUUGUCUCAGCUCACUUGGCCAAUAUAGUCAUGAACUGGUCAGGAAUGAAGUGCCAAUUCAAACUGCUGCGCAUGGCUGUUGCCUUGAUCUGUAUGAGCUUUGAAUUUGGAAGAGCUGUGUGGCUGCGAUUCCACCCCUCCGCUUACCCACCAUGCCCACACCCCAGCUUCAUGGCUCAUCUGGGAGGGGUGAUGGUUGGAAUCACCCUUGGUGUCAUCAUCCUGAGGAACUAUGAGCAGAGACUCCAAGACCAGACUUUAUGGUGGAUCUUCCUUUCUAUUUAUGUCAUUUUUGUCUUGUUUGCCAUCUUCUGGAACAUUUUUGCCUACAGCCUGUUGGAUCUAAAGCUACCUCCCCCUCCUUGAAAACAUGGGACAAAAAACUUGAGAGCGGAAGUCAUCUGUCAGCUAUGUUAAAUGAAUGAAGAUGGAGCAUCUAUUUUUAUAUUUAACUUAGGGGACGAUGAUUCUUUUGAACACAAGUGUGUGCUGGAGGAGAUGCUUAAAGAUCUCACAAAAGAAUGGGCUGAUCAGUUUGUUCACAAAUCUAGCAGGUACUGUAAUACUGGCUGGCCUGGACCCUGCAGUUUCUCCACUGCCAGGGCUCCCGUUGGGCAGCUUGUACCUGGGCACUUAUCACUUCACUUGGUUUGUUAGCACACAUCAAUAUCUUGUAUGAGAUAUUUGUAUUUUCCAGGUCAGUGCUGGAAUUAUGGCCAGUUGUUGAAUGAAUCUCCUCAAUGUUACUGAACACUAAAAGGGAACAAGAGCAGACAUUUACUAAUUAGAGACUCGCAUGGUACUCACAAGGCAGCUUGGGUUUGGUUUCUAUGGACACAUCUGACUGUUCAGCCAUACCAGUGCCACUGUCUAAUUACUUGAAUGGUUCCUAAGAUAUUUUAGCCUACGGUGAAACCUGUCUUAUGCACCUUUCAAAGGAAUCAGCAGAACUUGAUCACCCAAAGUGAUGGAGACUGGUCUUCAACUACAGGUCAAAUGAAAUUGCACUAUAAACCUUGGGAACUCUUAGAGUGUUGUGGAUACCCAGCCAGAGGUGACUUUUACUGUGCAUGUUUCACUUGAUUUUAAUUUUUUUUUUUUUUUUCCCCAGCCUGCUGUGGCUAGAGGGUGUGGCUGGGGUUUCUUUUUUGAAGGAUGGAGAAAAGGAGGGCAAAUGUUCAAUUGUGUUUUUAUCAGCUGACAAUCAAGUGCUGUUUUUUUCUCACUUUAUUUCUGGCCACAUAGAUCUAACACCUGGCCUGCAGUGAGCUCCUAGCAAGGAUCUUGACUCUUCCAGCAGGUUCUUAUUAGAAAAGUGGGAGAGAAUCACCUAUAGCAGCGCAGGGCGGGAACUAUCUAGUCUUUACAGCCAUACAGUCCAUCUGGGGCCAAAUCUGUCCACUGAAGUCAGUGGAGUUAAAUCAGGUUGUGUGUAGGACUGGUUUCCCACUGAAAUGGAAAGGGUGUUACUGUGUUACAGUGAUCACUGUGAAACAGAUAACACUGUUUCUAAAGUGACUGCUAAAUUUUGAGGAUGCCUUUUCCUGAGGCAAUGGAUGUUCUGGGGGCUGCAAGAAACAGUUAGUUGCAAUGAUGCCUUUUUCUUUAACAUUAGUCAAGCCCAGGUUUUGGCAGUCUGUAACUGGUCUGCAGCACAGUCCAUACAGUUGCCUGCACGGACCUGGAGACCGGACUGGAACAUCUGUAGCACAAGCAGUGCUUAUAGGUACACUUCUCUGUAAGGUGCUUAUGUUAUUUUGCUUCUCACUUUAGAGAGCUGCCAAACUACAGUCCAGUAAUGUGGAUGCCCUCCUUUUCUCUCCCCUUUACCCCCCUAGUUUGAUGGCCUGGAUAAAGCAGCCAUAGGAGUCUCUCUAGACUAGCUCCUUUCUUCAUUUUUCCUAGCUGCAUACUGGCGCCCACGCACCAGCCACCAGAGCCUUCCACAGCACAUCUAAUGGGCACUGUAGCAGUCAGGUUUGCUCUGUAGCAAAAUGUCUCUGUAUCGUGGGCUUUAUUGUCUCAGCUGUGUAAUCGGUGCUGCUAGAUGAUACCACAAACUGGUAGGAGUCUGUCAUUCUAGAGGGGACAUUCAUGAGUGCUUAUCAGCUGCCCCCUUCUUUGCCUCUUAUGGGAAAAAUCUCUCUGGUCUGGAAGGGUGAAGUUCUGCUCCCACAGUAUGCACUAGUAAAAAUCCUGUUGCCUCAGGGAAAGGGAGAGAGGAGAAAAUAAGUGUUUCUACAGCCUGGAAUAAGCCUUACCUGCAAAAGAAACAAUUUUUGCCACCUUUGUGCACAGGAAUGGGAUCUCUGAGGGCAGCUGCGCCUUUGUUGUUCUGUACGGCUAGUACAUUGCUCAUGGGCCCUCAGAUCAAGGAACAAGAGGAAGGGUUAAGGGUCAGAGCUCUGGUCAUUUUGGAAAAGGGGAUUGGUUCCCCAUGCCAUUUUACUUCUGCAAUUUUGGUCUAGAUCAAAGCAGUCAUGAGAGUUUACAUGCAUUGUUUCAGGUGCUGACCCAGUGAGUUUCGUAGCAGUGGAGAUCAUCUCCUUGGGAAGCAGCAGGCAAGCAGGAGAGCGGGGAGCUAGGAGAAUACUGACAGAAGCAUGCUUAACACGUAAGGAGGACAUUCCUUUCCUCACUUAUCGCUAAGCCUUUCUGAUUACAGAUGCCUUUAAAACAGAGGUGAGCAGAAAUGGGAGUUCUCCUGGAAGUUUUAGGAAAACUUUGAAAAUUUUGUUUAAAAAUUUCAAUCACAGCAAAACCCAGAUUAUUUUGCCUAUAAUUUACAAAAGUACAGUAUGCACUGAUUGACUUCUAUUUUUGGUUUCUCGACUGAAAGCUACUUAAUGCCCAUCAGUUUCUCCUCAGGAAAGGUUUCUGUGCCUGCCAGUGAUGUGCUCUGGGGUGAGGCAGCAAGCUACAAGUUCAAGGGCCACCAGUUUCUUCAUCAACCUGACCCUGGCUAACAUAUCUUUACCUCUGCUCAGGAGUAGGAGGGAGCUGAACAGAAUAAUCCAGGCACCCUUCUUUGGUCCUUUAUGUAUAGAUGAACAUAGUUUACAUGAACUGGUUGAAAACAGCUCUGAGGUUGAGCUUAUGACUUGUUCUUGUAAACUGUUGUUCAUCUUUCUGACUUCAUUCUGUGUCCCCAUACCCUGUCACUUGAGCAAGUCUACAAGCAACCCUGGGGAUCAGAAGGGCCAGACUUUAAAGCAGUACUAGAUUUAUUGUGGGUGAAGAAAUGAAACCCUCUCACAUUCCUGCUCAUCAGAGCUGAAAUCUCUCCCCAUACAUAGAGCAGGUUGUACACGGAGCCUGUUGUCUGGUAAGAAUCUAUCAGCUCAUGGAGUCAGGAGCAGCUCAAAGUGCUUAAGCUUUUAUAAUUUUAUUUUUUUUAAUCAUUAAAAUUACACUGUGAAAACUUGUUGUGUUUUUGCAGAGUAUCAGGAAAUCUAGUUAUGUUAUUUUCUAAUGGAUCCAGGAGUGCCACAGUGCUGCAGCACCAGAGAGCUAAUAGCAACCAGGCUUUUCUUUUACCUCCAGAUGUCCUUGAAGCUGCUGGCUUAUGUUGGAGACAUAAUAUUCUCCAUCCUGCUCAUUUGUGGUUCCAACUUGUCACAGUCAGUAACAUGUUCCUGAAGGAGCUGUCCACCGAGGGACUGGUUUUGGUGAUUCAUUUUGGUUUUAUUUCAGCUGCUGCCAGGAUUUUACAGAUUUGAACAGUGCACAUUAGAGGAAGUUAUUUUAUGCUUGUGUCCUUGAGUGAGGACGCACCACCUGGAACAAAAAAAGCUGUUUCUGUGCUGGACUUCCUAUUUAGUAAGUAUAUUGCCGCACUGGUCCAGUGAGGAUGGGUGUAGGGAGUAGUAAUGCAGACUGGGUUGAUUGUAGAGCCCCUUCAGGGACACCUGCCAGCAGCAUGGCGACAGCACGGAUGGGAUCCGGCCCCGAGCCUCUUGCUGAUCCCUCAUCCCAGAGGAGAGACGCAAGAAGUGGCUCAGACAGCCGUGGGGAGGAAGAAGGAGGAGGAGAACCAGGUAGAUUAAAGUCCACAGGGCUUGCAGAUUGCACCUUUUAUUCCUAGAUGCUUGGAGACAGGUAGAGAUUAAUUUUGCACACAUCAGUAAUAUAGGAAGGAGGAGUAGGAGGGUUGUAAUGGAGUGAUGGGAGAGGAGGUUACCAGGACCAAUCUCUGGGUGAGGUGUAGAGGAGCUGUAAAAAUGCUGAUGAAUUCACUUUUGCUGAGUUAUUAAGACAACAGCUCAUAUCACUUUUUCCCCAUCAGUUGAUGAGGAAUCUUAGCACUUACGUGGCAUACUGUGAUUCUUCACUACUUGCUCCUUUAGCAGUAGGAAGUAUUUUAUCAAAGGGGAAGGGGGAGGCCAGAGAAAUUAUUGUUGUCUGAGGUUGCUGGACUAGAAAUAAAGCUCAGGGAUUCUGUCCCAAGACCUCGCUCCUUCUGAUGGAUUGUACUGCCCAUAUGUUUUAAAUCAGAUUAGAUCAAUUUGAACUGGGGUAUGAAGGAUGGAGUCUGACACAUUUAGAGCUGGUACUAAAAUAACAGCUAUCUGCUGACCUCACAAGACAGCUACUGUUUUGUGCCAAUAUUUAGUCUCACAGGAUCGUGGGUAGGACUUUCACACAUACUUCAGUGAGUAAAGAGCUCAAAAUCUAUCUGUUUACAUAGACUCGAGCUCAGCUCAAUUGCUUUGGAAACCCCAUCCACUGGCUUUACCUGAAGUGGAACUGGAGAAUAUGGAUGCAGUUCAACACCAGCAGCCUCUGGAGGCAAACUGGGAUCUAGAGAACAAAGGCCAGCACCUCUGGGGUUUUAGCCUCUGAAUAUUGCCGCUGUUCUGUCUCUUUUAUAGUAGUGGCUGCUCCACAGUGCUCUGUGAUACGACUCAAAAAUUCCUUCUGCAAUCACUGAUGCUGAGAGCUGUUUAUAAAGGAAAACAGUGCAUUUUGUAGCUCUAUAAAGAGAGAAUCACACAUAAGACCGAAACCAAGCAUGUUUAAAGGUAAAUGUAUUUUUAAUGUCACCAUUAAUCAUUGGCUUUUAAUUGGAAAAAGCUUUCUAAUGUGGUAUUUCUGAAAUGCCAGUAGUAGUACAGAAAAAUCUAUGUUUCAGGGUACUUUACAACACAGAGCACAAAAUAUUCCCUAGGUCUGAUUUAAGUAGCAAAAGUACCUUAAUCUCCAGUGAGCUUAAUAGAUAUGUUAGUCACUGACUGUCUCCUGACUCCCCCCACAGUGUCUGUUUGGUUUGCAAAUAAAGCUAGAUUUAUGCAGCUUUUCUUUUGCUUACACUACUAAUGCUAACAACACAUCCAAGUGUUAAACACAAAGCACUAAACAAUGUAAUUUUCUGCCUUAAAAUAUUGAACAAAUGAUACUUUCCCGUUAAGGGCUAGUAAAACAAAAUGAUAUUUGCAAGGUAAGAUGCUAUGGUAUGUUUCCAAAUAUUUUUGUAUUGUGUACAUUCUGUAUAUUUUUGUUGUAACAAUAUUAUUUGAGCGCAGAAUCCAUUAAAUUUUUUUUGUUGGA